CCCACCACCGUACGUACGCCCACACGUUGCGUAGGUACAUUUGCCUGCCUGCCUGCCUUGGGCAGGUAUAAAUGGGUGAGUGACUGAACGAAUGAAUGGAUUGGUGAGUGACCGGACGGAACCCGUAAAUGCAUGCGUGGUUUAUGUUAUAUGCUGUUGUGUUCUAUUCUGCGGUACGGCAUUGGCGCCGUAUGCUAUGGCCGGUAUGGUAUUGCCAACGGCAAUGCAGGCCGCGGACGCUUCUACAUCCCAUCCCAUCCCAUCUCAUCCCAUGCCUCUACCUACCUCCCGACCUGCCUUACAUUAGGUACUAUUGCACACCCAUACACACAUGCCUUAGCAUGUAGCCCCGACGUUGAUGUCUCCUUCAGGAUCAAUAUGUACGUACAUCGUUACCCCUUCACCCAUCUUGCACCUAGAAUGUUCGUAUUUCUCGCGUUCUCGCCUGACCGUCCCGUAGGCGAAGUCCCUCCUCAGCUCCCCUGCGAUUUUAUUGUCUUGGCACACCAUCCGGCGCGGCGCAGUCCGAUACGGUCUAGCUCGGCCCUUCAGCUGGCUCGGUCCAGGGAACGGGCCUUCUUUUUUCUCUCUCUGGCCUCGCUCUCGCUCUCGUCUCUCUCUCUCUCUCUCUUCUCCUUCGCGUGCGCAACACGCACUCUCACUUCCACGCACAUGACACACACACACAUACACACCACACGUUCACGCGCAGAGUGGGAAUAAGCUUAGAUGGAGGCUACCAUCGCUCCGGGACGACAAAAUACCACAGUGGCUCUUAAGCAGCCAGCCUAUAGGCAGAGCCCCCGGCCACCAGAAUAGAGUCGAUCUAAUCUCAUGUGCCAUUACAUCGUUCUGGGGUAUGUACAUACAUACAGAUGUAAGCAAGCCAUAGAGAAACCCGCCCCGGGAACAGAGGCGUGCGCUGUUCGCGUCCGUGGCGCUCGCCAU